GUACAAAAGCUUCGACAGAACUCGACUUUGAGAAAAAGAAAAAAAUAAAAAAUAAUCAGGAAGGAGCUUCAACGAAUCCUACCAAUCAUUCAUUCAAAAUUCAACUUCCAAUUUUUUUUGAAAAUAUUUAUUUUAACAUUUACCAAAAUUCAACCGGAGAAAAAAAAUCAUAUGAGCUCCGAUCAUCGGAACCCUAAAAAUCGUAGCUGAUGCAAGGGAUAAUAUCAAUAUCAUCAUCAUCGGAGCAUUUGAAUCAGGUCAUUCAUGGCCUUUUCAGUAAUUACUCACCUCCUGUAUGGGCAACACUACUUGCUGGAGUUUUCGUUGUUGUUUCUCUCACACUUUCUAUGUACCUCCUAUUUGAACAUCUCUCUGCUUACAAAAACCCUGAGGAACAAAAGUUUUUGAUUGGUGUGAUUUUGAUGGUGCCUUGUUAUGCAGUUGAAUCGUUUGUGUCAUUGGUACAUCCAGCAGUUAGUGUUCACAUUGGGAUACUGCGGGAUUGCUAUGAAUCCUUUGCUAUGUACUGCUUUGGGAGGUAUCUUGUUGCAUGCUUAGGUGGGGAGGAGAGGGCUAUACUAUUUAUGGAGAGGGAAGGGCGUGCAGCUCCAAAGAUGCCACUACUAGAUCAUGGCUCUGAGAAGGGGGUUGUCAAGCAUCUUUUUCCUAUGAAUUACUUUUUAAAGCCAUGGAAGCUUGGUCAGUGGGUCUACCAAGUUAUCAAAUUUGGAAUUGUCCAAUAUAUGAUCAUAAAAGCAUUAACCGCUAUUUCAGCAGUGAUUCUUGAAGCUUUUGAUGUGUAUUGUGAAGGAGACUUCAAGUGGAAUUGUGGGUAUCCAUAUGUGGCAGUGGUUUUAAAUUUCAGUCAAUCAUGGGCGCUGUAUUGUUUAGUACAAUUUUAUGCCAUUACAAAGAAUGAAUUAGCUCACAUCAAACCGCUGUACAAGUUUUUGACGUUCAAGUCAAUUGUCUUCUUAACUUGGUGGCAAGGCGUGGCUAUAGCUCUUCUCUGUAGCCUUGGUUUGUUUCGAAGUCCAAUAGCUGAAGCUUUGCAAUUUAAAUCCAGUAUUCAAGAUUUCAUCAUAUGCAUCGAGAUGGGUGUUGCUUCUGCAGUUCAUCUUUAUGUCUUCCCAGCAAAACCGUACGAGCUGAUGGGAGAACGCUAUACUGGGGCUGUUGCUGUUCUUGGGGAUUAUGUGUCUGCUGACUUGCCAGUAGAUCCUGAGGAAGUUAGAGACAGUGAGCGUCCGACCAAAUUACGCCUUCCUCAACCUGACAUUGAUACUAAGAGCAGAAUGACAAUUAGAGAAAGCGUUAAGGAUGUCUUUAUUGGAGGUGGAGAAUAUGUAAGUGCCUCUUUCUCUUUGCUAAAGAUUUGAGCUAUCUUAUAUCUUUUGAAUCUCCGUACAACUGAGUCAAAACCUCACAACUAUGUAUUACAAAUGAUGAGAUCUCAAUAAUCUUCUCAGCAACUGAAGUCUUAUCCGGGUGCUGAUACUCCUAAUUGUCAUGAGAGAGAGAGUUAAGGAUAAAAGAAAUGGACAUUCCAAGGAAUUGAUCCUAUUGCAUUUUCUGCACCUUACCUUUUCUGUUCUUUAAUACCAGGGAAUACACCACGAUAGGUUGAAUUAGCUUAUGUCGUUCUUGAUAUUACCGAUAUGUUAUUUGAAAGCAAAGAGCUUAUUUGCCUUUUUCAGGAUAACUCAACUUUCUAAGAUAUCCUCACCAUCCAAAAUCAAGUCUUCCCGUUUUGAUUAAUGACAAGUGCAGGAGGGGUCCUGGCAAUCAUACCUGUGAUUGAACUCUAAGUUCCUAUUUCUUUUCAGCAUCCAUGAACUCUGUCAUUCACUGUGGUCAAGAUAAGAAUAUAUAGUCCAAAAUAAGAACGGGGGACAAGGAAUGAACAAAAGGGAAUACUGAAUCUACAGUACUGUAUUCAGCUCAACUAUGUGAAUCUUGCCAAUGCUACAAUUUUCUAAAAUGUAGGGAAAUUGUUGAGUUUCCUAGUUUAUCCAACACUUUCAUCACAUUGUUCUUGGGGUGGGAUUGGAUGAUGUAUUUUGCUUAGUGUCUGAGUUAUCUCAUUAUCCUUCUUCUUGGCUUGUGGAGAAGUGGUAGAAUCUAUUCUUGACACUAGGAUAGACUGAUGAAAUGAUACCGGUCUUAGGGAUGUACCAAUGGACCAUAGCUGGUCACACAGUUGCCAGGGUUGGGCAAGUUUAGAUUUUAUUUUCUGGUCUAAGUGAUAACAGAAUCAUGAUAGUGCUGAUAUGGUUUUCUCAGUGGAUCCGAAUAAUGGGCGGCCAGUCGCUGUGAUUACUAAGUGAUUGCUCAUUUUCUUUAAUUAACCAGUUCACUGACUGGCUCGUUGGUGAUGGUGACAACUGUUAGUUUAAUUUAUGAAGCUAAGAAUAGUGUUCGGGCAUUUUUAGAAA